AUUUUUUAUUGUAUAUCUCUGGCAUUUCUUUUUCAAUCUCUUUUAUCUUUACUCUACUGCAUUUCAAGAUACCUUUCCAACACCUUAUGAUACCUACAAUUCCUGCAACACAUAAAAUACCAAACUUACGUUAUUUAGUUUAUCACCUCUCAUCUUUUGCUCAAUCUGGUUCACUCCUUUUAUUUUCUUCUUUUCGGAGUUUCAGUUUUAGUUCAUUUGGUGGAGAACUAUCACCUCAGUUUUUUCCUGUUUGGCUUUUUCUCUUCUCUAAAUUCCAAUCCCCUUACCCCCUUCGUUUUGCGUCGUCCGCUGAAAAUAUUCCGCUCCGCUUUCUAUUGUAUAUCCAUUUGCAUGUAUAUACAUAUAAACGCACUAUUAUUUAAGACAUUUAUUUGUCUGAGUACACAGACUCGGUUUAUGAAAUUUCUUAUGAUGAUAUAUUACAGUAUCUAAUGAUCCAGUAAAAAAGCCAAUUUAUAAAUUGA